AUGAAUCACUUCAAAUUUGGUAUCGCGCAACCUUGGCCUCCCAUCAGCAUCCCUAAGAAGGGCCGGAUUCGUCUCCUUCGAUAUUGCUUUGCGACCGCCAAGGCCAAAGCGGAACUUGACUGUCCACUCCAGAAGGGGUUCAAGAUAUGGGCCGACGCCAUCAAGACACCAGCCAGUGCUGCGAAUGGCCAUUGCCUCGGGUGGAUGGAGGUUCAUGACGGCAACGAAGAUAAGAAUGAGAGAAUGUAUCCGACCUGCUACCUCGAUGACUACAAGGACAAGAAAGAGCCUGGAACGUGGAACCCAAAAGUAAGCGCGGACGCUCUUGCAAUACACCUUGGGGCAGAAGAAGAAGCGCCAUACGCUAGUAUUGGGUACGACCAUCGCAAAACCACCGCCGGCCGUCAUUACAUGGUCAUGGGCUCGAAAAGCACCGAGCCUCAUCGGGUAGCCCACGAAAUCGGCCACGUCCUCGGCAUGGCUCACGAGCACUGCCGGUUUGACCGCGACGAAAACGUCCUUUUCCGGUGCGACAAACUAGUAGGCUACAAAGACGCCCUCAUCGCCGCCAGCGUCGCCGGCCACCAAGACGCCGCAGAGCGCCUCUGCACCGAGCAAGGCUUUGCGAACGAAUUCAACUUCGAAGCUGGUGCACAGUACAUCAAGAACGCCGCUUUCAACAGCAUCUACGCUCCCAUCAUGGACGAGGGCCCCUUUGACCUCGGCUCCAUCAUGAUUUAUCCGUCGAAUGCGUAUGCCGCGGACUCGAAUUGCUGGGAAAAGAACGAUAUCAGUGUUUGUCCGCUUGUUGCUGCGCGCUUUGGGUCCACAUGGGCGAUUCAGAUUAAUACGGCGCCGUCGGUGGGUGAUGUUAAUUUUGUCAGGGCGUGGUAUCCGUGGCUUGAAGAGUCGAAGGAACCUGGUGAUGAGAAGCCGAAGGAACCUGGUGCCGAGAAGCCGACGACGGGUUCUGGUGCUGUUGUUGUUGGUAAGCGUAGGGGAGACGAAGCAGAGCGUGAGUUUGUUAGAGUUCACCGUCUUGGGGUUAGAGAUGGGAAUGUUUUGGUGAAGGCAUCGUAG